AUGAAAUUCUCCUACGCUAACGUCGUCGCUCGUCAACAAGCAGCCGCCGCUGCCAGGAAUGCCGUGUUUCUCACUCCCGAGACGCUUCCACCAGCUCCAGUACGUCGCCCUCCACGACCUCGCAAUACCGACGAAGUAUUGACUACGACUUACCGACGUUUACCCGAGUUUACGCCACCGGAUCACACUCACCAUCUCAUCGGGAGCCAUCCCUGGGCGCAUCUGGUUACAUUGCACGAUACACCUCUUCCUGCUUCGCCAGUGGAAGUCACGUCUGCAAUGCCACUUGAAUUAUACAGCCACAUUCCCGCCGGCGGAUAUCUCUCGACUAAGUUCGUCAGACGGCUGUUCCCUCACACCUUCAGAGAGAAGCCUUACGCACUUCGCCGUCUCCCGGUUAUUGAGCUGAUGCGUCUGGAACACGCCGUGGCAUUCCGACAGGCCUCUCAAACCAUCAUCGAUCAACUUGUUCGGGGAUGGUACACCGCAACGGAGAACACGGCGCCUCCUACACCCGAAGGGUCUAUGCCUGGCGCAAUCCUUCCGCGCGUGCGAGCUCAGUUCCCCGUCUUAUACCAGGUUGUCAACAAAGGAUUUGGCCAAGGCGUCGUUCUAGAAGCGAAGGAUUUCUUCAUUCCUGGCCCCGACCGCCGGGAGCUCCAUCUCAUCGCUCUUGACCAGUAUGCAACGAACGUCGAAAGCAACACUCGAGGAUUUGAUCGGUUGCUCCUCUCCGUGAAGGACCUUGUGUGGGUCUACACUGUCGAACCAACUAUGGCAGCUCUUCGGAACCCGGACACGGCGCUCAAACAGGCCCGCAUUCCGAAGGCAAACGCUCUUGACAGACGUUUCCCGCUGUUCUUCCGAGCGAAGGAGUUCACAUUCGUUCCUCCUCGGCUGACCACCCGACGAACACUCGGUAUCGUCCUUUCCAUCGUAACACGGCAUGAAGGCGUGAAAGGAUUACGAAUUGCUUUUGAAGGAUCUCCAGAGGCCGUGCAGGUUUCCCCAUCGGUGUGCGAUUUUCCGGUGAGUGAAGCCGAACAUGACGAGGUCGUUUCAGCCAAGAUCAGGGCAAACUCAUCCUGCGCAAUCCGUUUCUCCGAGUUUCCGGCUUCCAGAGACGCACAGACGAAGCUCUGCUCGCUGGUGCGAGAUUUCCUGCCAGCUCAUCCAGAGGAAGGGAUGCUCCCUCUGCGAGUGUUCAAACUCACCAACACCGAAAAGGAAUGGAUCGCAGACAGAGCAGCCUCCUUCACCAACUACGCGCGCAAUCCUGCGGAAGCUCGCCGACGCAUGGCGCAACUCUUCAACGCCGCCUGCUCUGCGUUGGUCGCAGUUAACGCGCUGGAUGAUGACAAAACGACCCAUAGGCUUACCGCCACCGUUCCGAGCAUGGGCGCGUUCCCUUUCCGCUUCGACUUCGUCAUCACUGAUAUGUCGUCAGAAUGCGGAUGGACCAAUCAUCGGCCAGUUUACCUAUGGAUUGUCGGCUCUCAAACGCUCAUCCGGACGACCAUCGAGCAGUCGGAACACUCUUAUGAAACCCGCUCUAUGGCAGUCCGUCUCGUAGUGCCGGCUUGGGGUUAUAGCUACGCCGUCCGCACCACCUCCAGAUUCGCCACCAUCAACGACGAUGUUAUCUCGGUGGACGUAUAUGUGAAGCUUGGAUCUCGACCCUCAGGAGCCGAGCCGCUGUACGAGCUAAUCUCGCAGCAUCAGUUGUUCGGACGUUUCGAUGAGGACUCCUUGGCUACCAUAAUCCUCGACACUGUCUACGGAACGCGAGUUACGCCACUCGGGUCUGCUGGCCCUCAACCAGAGCAUGUUUUCGUUUCGGUCAAUGGUCAAUCUUUUCCACUGCGUCCAGACCAGGUCGCAGCACUGCAGAUGGGUGACCGACACCUACCCAUCCUUGCCAUUCAGGCUGCUUUUGGCACUGGGAAAACCCUAAUUGCAGCCCUAAUCGCGAUCCGUACUUACCUCGCCACCGCGGAUCAACAACAGGUCAUCGCCACUACCACAACCAACACCGCAGCAGCUCAAUUCACGGAUACCGCCUUGUCCAUUGACGCCGCCAGCACCGUAAAUAUCCUUCGAUACGUCUCUGACUCGGCGCUCGUGGAGGGUGCACCUCAGACGCCUGUGGACCUUCACGUCAUUCUCAAGCGCCUUCCUGACGACUACGGCGACCGGCUCGCCCCUUCGGCGCUCGACACCUGCGUCAAGUAUAAACGAGGCCGGGAGCUCCUGGAGCGCUUCAUGUUCGAUCGCGACGUAGCCAUCGACCUGUCCGACGCAGAGCUUCGCCCGCCGGCAGUGCUGGUAAUCACUACGUCAGCUCUACUCAACUCUGCCACCACGGACGGCAUAUUCAACAAGUGGAUCGACCAAUUCUCCCUCCUCAUUGGCGAUGAAGCAUCACAAAUUCCGGAACCGGCGUUAAUAGCUCUGGUUACUCACGUUCCACGGGCUCGACACAUCUACGUAGGCGACAUUCACCAGCUGGAACCACAUGUCCGCUGUCCUCGCUCCACCAAUCCAGCACGAUUUGGAGCUCAAGGAAUCAUGAGCAUCCUGUUGGCAAAAGGAGUACCUACGGCGCCACUCACGACCACCUUCCGCGCCCACCCUUUGCUCAACGAGCUCCCCAACUUGAUCUUCUACAACAACACCCUCACUAAUGGAACACACGCGGAUCAGCGCCAGAUGUUCUUAUCUAACGUACGGUGCCCUAACCCAAAGCUGCCAUUCCUCUUCGUCGAAGUUCCAGGGAAAUCCUCGAAAGCCCUUAGCGGCUCGCAUAGUAAUCCGGUAGAAGCUGAAACCUGUCGCGAGAUUGUUCUGAGCCUUAUUCGGAAGAAUAUUCAACCGUCUUCUAUCGCCAUCAUCGUCUUCUACAAAGAGCAAGCACGUGUCCUAUCCCACUUCGCGCAGAGCAACAGCAUCGAUUUACACACGGUGGAUUCGGUACAAGGCCGAGAGAAAGACAUAGUCAUCCUGCUUACCACGAGAACAGGCUUUGACGCGGAUCGCGGCGAGUUCCUCAACGACCCCCAUCGACUUAAUGUCGCCCUUUCCCGUUGUCGGCACGGCCAAUUUGUCCUGGGUCACGAACAGUCUCUAGUAGGUCUAUCUUAUUGGCACGACAUUCUCCAAUGGGCUCACAAUCGAGGCGCAGUCACGACGGCCUCCGCUCUGCCUGACCUCCUGGAGUGA